AGUGCGCUGGAGUGCGGUUGCAGCUGCUCUCGGGAAUCAGAAUUCGAAUCGGAAUCAAAUUAACUCGAUAAGUUAUUGAAGAGAAGUCGGGCCCCCUAGAACAACGGCCGGGAAUACGGAAUACUGAAUACGGUAUACGGAUCUCGACCUCGUCGGUAAUUUGGUGCGUUUGCGUGCCAGUCGAGUAUCUGAAUCUUAGAAUCGAGUAUCUAGCAUUGCGAAGCGCGAGUCCAGACCUGUCCCUCCUCCGCCCGGUCGCCUCCAAUAAAUUAUUAUAAUUAGCAUAGUUGAGGGGACAUCGAGUCGCAGCCGGAGCCGCAGCAGUUAAACGGCUGUGGAAUUUAGCGCUGUUAGUGGAAAUUUUGUGAAAACAAAAGGGGAAAAAUUCCAGGCCGCCGGCGCCAUGUCCGUUGGCAAUAUGAGCCAUGAUCUUGGACCGCCUCGCGAUCCGCUGGCCAUCGUGAUACCCGUAACGGUGGUCUACUCCCUGAUUUUCAUCACCGGUGUGGUUGGCAACAUAAGUACCUGCAUUGUGAUUAAGAAGAACCGUUCGAUGCACACGGCCACGAAUUACUACCUCUUCUCGCUGGCCAUCUCGGAUUUCCUGCUCCUGCUGUCGGGCGUUCCGCAGGAGGUGUCCUACAUCUGGUCCAAGUACCCGUACGUGUUUGGGGAGUACAUCUGCAUCGGACGCGGUCUGUUGGCGGAGACAUCGGCGAAUGCCACGGUGCUAACGAUUACGGCCUUCACGGUGGAGCGGUAUAUUGCCAUUUGCCAUCCGUUUCUGGGCCAGGCCAUGAGUAAACUCAGCCGCGCCAUUCGCAUCAUUGUCCUGGUGUGGAUUAUGGCCAUAGUUACGGCCAUUCCGCAGGCUGCUCAAUUUGGAAUCGAGCACUAUUCGGGAGUGGAGCAAUGCGGCAUAGUGCGGGUCAUAGUGAAGCACUCAUUCCAGCUGUCCACGUUCAUAUUCUUCCUGGCUCCGAUGUCCAUUAUUCUAGUGUUGUACAUGCUCAUCGGUGUGCACCUGUAUAGAUCCACUUUGGUGGAGGGUCCUGCCUCGGUGGCCAGACGGCAGCAGCUGAAGAAUGUGCCCAGUGAUACGAUCCUUUACCGCUAUGGUGGAUCCGGUACCGCUAUGAGUUUCAACGGAGGGGGAAGUACAGCAGGGACAGCGGGAUUGAUGGGCGGCUCGGGGGCUCAACUCAGCUCGGUGAGAGGUCGGCUCAAUCACUAUGGCACCCGGCGAGUACUCAGGAUGCUAGUGGCCGUUGUGGUGUGCUUCUUCCUCUGCUGGGCCCCCUUCCACGCCCAGCGACUGAUUGCCAUCUACGCCCCUGCACGGGGGGCCAAACUGCGGGAUCAGCACGAGUUUGUCUACACGGUGAUGACCUACGUCUCCGGAGUCCUCUACUACUUGUCCACCUGCAUCAACCCGCUGUUAUAUAACAUCAUGAGCCACAAGUUCCGAGAGGCCUUCAAGGCCGUGCUGUUUGGCAAGAAGGUAUCGAAGGGUUCGCUGAACUCGCGAAACAACAUCGAAUCGCGCCGCCUGCGCAGGGCACUAACCAAUUCCAGUCAAACGCAGCGCUUCUCCAUUGAGUCGGCGGAGCAGCCGAAACCGUCGAUAAUGCAGAAUCCGACGAACAAACCGCCAGUCGCCGCUCAGUACGCCAUGAUCGGUGCCCAAGUCAACUAACUGAUAAACUCGAACUCACUCUCUCGUGCGGCUUCCUGAUGCUAAUUUAUUUGAAUACUGUUUAAGCGAGUUAUUUGUCGUCUAUUGCUAUUGCUGCUGCUACCAAAGCGUUUUGUUUAAACUGCUUUUGCAUUGAUUUGCAUUUGGCAAUUAAAAGUUAAUCACAGUCGAGGGCACUCUCUCCCUGAAGCAUUAAGUUUUUCAUUCAUUCAGCUGCGGACAUCGGCUGGAAAAACUCCUAAACUAGUCUUUCAAGUAUUCAGAAUUAUUCAGUCUAAGAAUAUUCGAUCUUUUGACUCAUAAAAUUCAGCAUACUGGCGCUCUUAAAAUUAAACUUUGGCCAGAGCUCGGGUAUUUACUCUUAAACAAGCCUGAGGCGGAUAUAACUUAAUAACAAUAUCGAUAAUGAUAAGCAUAAAUCAAUCACUAGUGAACGCCCACCACUUAAAUAUAGGAAUGUAAUUUAAAAACUGCUCUUUAAAUUGCGCAGAUUUACUUUUUAGUUAACCAAAUGUUUCACAUGCAUACCAAAGUGUAACACAGAUGUGCUUUUAAAGUGUUUAGUUAAGAAAAUGUAAAAAAAAAAAAUAUUGCGAUCUUAAACUUAGUAGAUUCUGUAUAUUGUAUCGAAUCGCCUUUAAAAUAAGAUUUCAAAAAUGUAGCAUUCAACUCAAUGGAAAUGACGGACAAAGUUCGCUUACUAACCAGAAACUUAGUAUAUAUCCUAGAGAUACCUUAAAGGAUGAAUUUGCUGUAUUAAGAUUAUUCCCAUGGCUGCAAAUAAAGCUUAGCAUAUUCCGCGCCCGCUUA